UAACACACAUAAACAUCCUAGUUUAUAUAUUUGUAAUCCUCACCAUCUCCAUCUUCAAAUUCAACUCUCUCUAAUUCAUCUUCUAGCUCUUCCCUCUUUAAUUACUUUUUUGAAUCUAUUUAUAUAGCCAAUGGAGACAGCAGAGGAGGCGAUAUCGGCAGCUAAAGAGCAAGCCUUGAUCCUUAAAGGGAAGAGGACUAAGAGGCAGCGUCUGCAGUCCCCAAUCCCUUUCUCUAUCGUCCCUCCUAUGUCUUCUCAAGAACCUGAUGUGGAAGAUGAGUCCACCAGUCUUGUUUCCAAGGAGAAGAGUCUCAAUGAUGAGAUCAACACCAACAAGAAUGAUAACAACAUGUUAAGCAAUGGUGUGACAUCUCCUGCCUCUUCAUCUUCUAACAACAAUGCAACAUUAAAGACCGCCGCUGACGAGGAAGACCAAGACAUGGCUAAUUGUUUGAUCCUCCUCGCCCAAGGUCACUAUACCCCUCAACAACAACCACAACAAACAAGACAGUUUAUGAUGAGUUACCAAGAAUCUGGUAAUAACAAUAACAAUGCGUAUAGAUCUAGCAGCAGAAGGUUUCUCGAGACAUCUAAUGGGACCACGAGUGGAGGCAGAGCCGGUUACUAUGUUUACCAAUGCAAAACGUGUGACCGGACUUUUCCUUCUUUCCAAGCUCUUGGUGGCCAUAGAGCCAGCCACAAGAAGCCUAAAGCCGCAGCGGGUCUUCACUCCGACCAUGACCUCAAGAAGUCUAUCUACAACGACGCCGUUUCUCUUCAUCUCAACAACGUCCCCGCCGCAACUCCUAACAAUAAUAGUAGCCACAGGUCGCUUGUGGUGUACGGCAAAGCGAAUAACAAUAAAGUCCAUGAAUGUGGGAUAUGUGGAGCUGAGUUCACAUCCGGACAAGCCUUAGGUGGUCACAUGAGACGUCAUAGAGGCGCAGUGGUGGCCUCAGCAGCAUCCGCUUCCACCGCAACGGUUAGGGUUGCGGCCACUGCGGGUACAGCAAACACGGCUUUGUCAUUAUCACCUAUGUCGUUUGACCAAAUGUCGGUUCAUCCGGUUCAGGCUCCGGUUAAGAGAGCGAGGAGCGCGGUUGUGUCGUUAGAUUUGGAUCUGAAUCUACCUGCCUCGGAAGAUGUGAAUCGAGUCAACGGAUUAAGCUUUGCUUCAAAGCAAGAACAGGAACAGGAACAUGAACAUGAACAAACACAUCAGAGAGAAGAACAAAAAACUCUUGUUUUGUCUUCCGCUCCUACAUUGGUGGAUUGCCAUUACUAAGUCAA